UGUACUACAGUAGCACAAUCAUGUUUCGGAAUAGCCUCAAGAUGCUUCUUACUGGUGGGAAAUCAAGUCGCAAAAAUAGGUCAAGUGAUGGAGGGAGCGAGGAACCGCCCGAUCGAAGACAGUCAAGUGUAGAUUCACGGCAAGGCCGCUCUGGGCAAGGUGGCAUCUCCACAGAAAGCGACUGUGCUUUUGAGCCAGACUACGCUGUUCCACCACUUCCAAUGAGUGAAGGUAUGCAGCACAUUCGGAUUAUGGAGGGCAUGUCUCGCUCUCUUCCAUCCUCCCCCUUACUCACACAUCAGUCUAUCAGUGUUCGGCUCCAACCUGUGAAGAAGUUAACUGCCCCCCUGAGGAAGGCAAAGUUUGUUGAGAGCCCACGAAUUCCAGAAUCCGAGCUUGGCUCCCCAACACUCACUUCAGCUCAGAAAUUGGACGUGGAUGCGUACUGCUCUGGUGAUGCCGAACAGGAGCUUGGUCCCCCUCCGUCUGUAGAUGAGGCAGCGAACACACUCAUGACUCGUCUUGGUUUUCUCCUUGGAGAAAAAGUCGCAGAAGUUCAGCCAGGUGACCAGUACAGCAUGGAGGUACAGGAUGAAAGUCAGACCUCAGCAAUCACUCAGCGGAUAAGUCCCUGCUCCACCCUGACUAGCAGCACUGCCUCUCCACCAGCCAGUAGCCCCUGCUCUACUCUUCCUCCUGUCAGUACAAAUGCAACUGCCAAGGAUUGUAGCUAUGGGGCCGUUACUAGUCCAACCUCCACUCUUGAAAGCAGAGAUAGUGGAAUCAUUGCUACGUUGACAAGCUAUUCUGAAAAUGUGGAACGCACAAAAUAUGUUGGAGAAAGCAGUAAAGAAUUAGGAUCUGGAGGAAACCUAAAGCCAUGGCAGUCUCAGAAAUCCAGCAUGGACUCCUGUCUGUAUCGAGUAGAUGAAAACAUGACUGCUUCCACCUAUAGUCUAAAUAAGAUCCCAGAGAGGAAUUUGGAAACAGUUUUAUCUCAAUCAGUACAGUCUAUUCCUUUGUAUCUUAUGCCACGGCCGAAUUCAGUAGCAGCCACCAGCUCUGCACACUUGGAAGAUCUUGCUUACCUGGAUGAGCAGAGACAUACACCUUUGAGAACAUCUCUUCGAAUGCCAAGACAGAGUAUGGGUGGUGCGCGCAUGCAGCAGGAUUUAAGAGUUCGCUUCGCGCCGUACAGGCCUCCAGACAUCUCCCUGAAGCCCUUGCUCUUUGAAGUGCCCAGCAUCACUGCAGAGUCCGUGUUCGUCGGUCGGGACUGGGUUUUCCACGAAGUAGAUGCUCAGCUUCAAAGCUCAGAUGCCAGUGUGAACCAGGGAGUGGUGAUUGUGGGAAAUAUUGGGUUCGGAAAAACUGCCAUCAUCUCAAGACUGGUGGCCCUUAGCUGCCAUGGUACACGGAUGAGACAGAUCGCCUCAGACAGUCCACACGCCUCCCCGAAACAUGUAGAUGCCAGCAGAGAGCUGCCACUCACACAGCCCCCUGCAGCCCACUCGUCCAUCACCAGUGGGAGCUGCCCGGGAACCCCAGAGAUGCGCAGGCGGCAGGAGGAGGCUAUGCGGAGACUGGCCUCGCAGGUGGUUGCCUAUCACUAUUGUCAAGCAGAUAACGCCUACACCUGCCUGGUACCAGAAUUCGUCCACAAUGUUGCUGCUCUGCUCUGCCGCUCGCCUCAGCUGACAGCAUAUCGGGAACAGCUGCUUCGAGAGCCUCACCUGCAAAGCAUGCUGAGCCUUCGGUCCUGUGUUCAAGACCCCAUGGCUUCCUUCCGGAGAGGAGUCCUGGAGCCCCUAGAGAAUCUGCAUAAAGAGAGAAAAAUCCCAGAUGAAGAUUUCAUCAUUUUAAUUGAUGGAUUAAAUGAAGCAGAAUUUCACAAACCGGAUUAUGGGGAUACAAUUGUGUCAUUUCUGAGUAAAAUGAUUGGAAAAUUUCCUUCUUGGCUCAAACUAAUUGUAACAGUUAGGACCAGUUUACAGGAAAUUACCAAGUUGCUGCCUUUCCAUAGAAUUUUUUUGGAUCGACUAGAAGAGAAUGAAGCCAUAGACCAGGACCUGCAGGCUUACAUCCUGCACCGGAUACACAGCAGCUCAGAGAUCCAGAAUAACAUUUCACUUAAUGGCAAAAUGGACAAUACUACAUUUGGCAAGCUCAGUUCUCAUCUCAAGACUCUCAGUCAAGGGUCUUACCUAUACCUGAAACUCACAUUUGACCUCAUAGAGAAAGGCUAUCUAGUGUUAAAGAGCUCUAGCUACAAAGUAGUUCCCGUUUCACUCUCAGAGGUUUAUUUACUCCAGUGCAAUAUGAAGUUCCCAACCCAGUCUUCCUUUGACCGGGUGAUGCCUCUCCUGAACGUGGCAGUGGCCUCCCUCCACCCACUGACUGAUGAGCAUAUCUUUCAGGCCAUCAAUGCCGGUAGCAUUGAAGGCACACUAGAAUGGGAAGAUUUUCAGCAGAGAAUGGAGAACCUCUCCAUGUUCCUAAUCAAGCGCAGAGACAUGACUCGUAUGUUUGUACAUCCUUCUUUUCGAGAAUGGCUUAUCUGGAGAGAAGAAGGAGAGAAAACCAAAUUUCUCUGUGAUCCCAGGAGUGGUCACACAUUACUUGCCUUCUGGUUUUCCCGCCAAGAGGGAAAACUAAACCGGCAGCAGACUAUUGAACUGGGACAUCAUAUCCUCAAAGCACACAUCUUUAAGGGUUUGAGUAAAAAAGUUGGUGUAUCAUCCUCCAUCCUCCAAGGUCUCUGGAUCUCCUAUAGCACAGAAGGUCUUUCCAUGGCACUGGCAUCUUUACGAAAUCUCUACACUCCGAACAUAAAGGUCAGCCGACUGCUGAUUUUGGGAGGUGCCAAUAUUAAUUACCGGACGGAGGUUUUAAAUAAUGCUCCAAUUCUGUGUGUUCAGUCUCAUCUUGGUUACACAGAAAUGGUGGCCCUGCUUUUAGAGUUUGGGGCCAACGUGGAUGCCUCUUCUGAAAGCGGCCUGACUCCUCUGGGGUACGCUGCAGCGGCAGGGUUCCUGAGCAUUGUGGUGCUACUGUGCAAGAAACGGGCCAAGGUGGAUCACUUGGAUAAGAACGGGCAGUGUGCUUUGGUUCAUGCUGCACUCCGAGGUCAUCUAGAGGUCGUCAAAUUUUUGAUCCAGUGUGAUUGGACAAUGGCUGGCCAGCAGCAAGGAGUGUUUAAGAAGAGCCAUGCCAUCCAGCAGGCCCUCAUUGCUGCAGCCAGCAUGGGUUACACCGAGAUUGUCUCCUACCUACUUGAUCUUCCAGAAAAAGAUGAAGAAGAAGUGGAACGGGCACAGAUCAACAGUUUUGACAGUCUCUGGGGAGAGACGGCCCUGACCGCUGCCGCCGGAAGGGGUAAACUGGAGGUGUGCCGUUUGCUCUUGGAGCAAGGUGCUGCUGUGGCGCAGCCAAACCGCAGAGGGGCGGUGCCCCUGUUCAGCACUGUCCGUCAGGGCCACUGGCAGAUUGUUGAUCUUCUGCUCACCCAUGGAGCUGAUGUCAACAUGGCAGAUAAGCAAGGCCGCACUCCCCUGAUGAUGGCUGCUUCUGAAGGCCAUCUAGGAACUGUUGACUUUCUACUCGCACAAGGUGCCUCCAUCGCCCUCAUGGACAAGGAAGGGUUGACAGCUCUCAGCUGGGCCUGUCUGAAAGGCCAUCUCUCGGUAGUACGCUCGCUCGUGGAUAAUGGAGCCGCCACAGACCAUGCUGACAAAAAUGGCCGCACCCCACUGGACCUGGCAGCUUUCUAUGGUGACGCUGAGGUGGUCCAGUUCCUGGUGGAUCAUGGGGCCAUGAUCGAGCACGUUGACUACAGUGGAAUGCGCCCUUUGGAUAGGGCAGUAGGGUGCCGGAACACUUCUGUUGUGGUCACUCUCCUGAAGAAAGGAGCCAAAAUAGGUUGUCAGACGUUACCGAGUCGCCCACGAGGUCCAGCCACAUGGGCGAUGGCCACCUCCAAACCAGACAUCAUGAUCAUCCUGCUGAGCAAGCUGAUGGAAGAGGGGGACAUGUUUUAUAAGAAAGGUAAAGUAAAGGAAGCUGCUCAACGCUACCAGUACGCUCUGAAGAAAUUCCCUAGAGAAGGGUUUGGUGAGGACUUGAAAACCUUCCGGGAGCUAAAGGUGUCUCUCCUCCUCAACCUCUCUCGAUGCCGCCGGAAAAUGAAUGAUUUUGGAAUGGCGGAGGAAUUUGCUACUAAGGCCCUGGAGCUGAAACCGAAAUCUUAUGAAGCUUACUAUGCAAGAGCAAGGGCAAAACGCAGCAGCAGACAGUUUGCAGCAGCCUUAGAGGACCUGAACGAGGCCAUCAAGCUAUGUCCAAACAACCGUGAGAUCCAGAGACUCCUGAUGAGAGUGGAGGAAGAGUGCAGACAGAUGCAGCAGCAGCAGCAGCAGCCGCCGCCACCGCCGCCGCCACCACAGCAGCAGCCUCCGCAGCAGUUAACAGAAGAGUCAGAGCCCGAACCACAGCAUGAAGAUACAUACUCCAUACAAGAUAUAUUUGAGGAGGAAUACCUGGAACAGGAUGUUGAAAAUGUUUCCAUUGGCCUCCAGACAGAGGCUCGGCCCAGUCAGGGGCUCCCAAUAAUCCAGAGCCCACCCUCCUCUCCAGCCCAGAGGGAUCCGGCCUACAUCUCUAGCUCACCUCUUGGCUCUCAUCAGGUUUUUGACUUCCGGUCCAAUAGUUCUGUAGGUUCUCCCACUAGACAGGGAUAUCAGUCCACCUCACCUGCUCUUUCUCCAACUCACCAGAACUCUCAUUACAGGCCUAGUCCGCCACACACUUCCCCAGCUCAUCAGGGUGGCUCUUACCGUUUUAGCCCCCCGCCUGUGGGAGGGCAGAGCAAAGAAUACCCAAGCCCUCCCCCUUCCCCUCUUCGUAGAGGUCCUCAGUAUCGGGCCAGCCCUCCAGCUGAAAGCAUGAGUGUCUACAGAUCCCAGUCUGGUUCACCUGUGCGCUAUCAGCAAGAAACAAGCGUUAGCCAGCUUCCUGGCAGACCAAAAUCUCCAUUAUCUAAAAUGGCCCGCCCCUACCAGAUGCCUCAGCUUCCUGUGGCAGUUCCCCAGCAAGGGCUCAGGCUACAGCCUGCUAAGGCCCAGAUUGUGAGAAGCAAUCAGCCCAGCUCAGCAGUUCACUCGAGCACUGUCAUCCCCACCGGAGCCUAUGGCCAAGUUGCCCAUUCAAUGGCCAGUAAGUACCAGUCUUCACAGGGAGACAUGGGAGUAGGUCAGAGCCGAUUGGUUUAUCAAGGAUCAAUUGGGGGAAUUGUAGGGGAUGGGAGACCCGUGCAGCAUGUCCAAGCCAGCCUGAGUGCAGGUGCCAUCUGUCAACAUGGCGGGUUGACCAAAGAAGACCUUCCACAGCGACCUUCCUCAGCUUACCGAGGUGGCAUGAGGUAUAGCCAGACACCGCAAAUUGGGCGUAGCCAGUCAGCAUCCUAUUACCCAGUAUGUCACUCAAAACUAGAUUUGGAGCGUUCCUCCAGCCAGCUAGGUUCCCCUGAUGUGUCACAUUUAAUCAGAAGACCUAUCAGUGUCAACCCCAGUGAAAUCAAGCCCCACCCACCAACCCCCAGGCCACUGCUGCACUCGCAGAGCGUGGGCCUUCGCUUCUCUCCAUCUAGCAAUAGCAUCUCAUCCGCCUCCAACCUAACUCCAACCUUCCGGCCUUCUUCCUCGAUUCAGCAAAUGGAGAUCCCACUGAAACCGGCAUAUGAUAGGUCAUGUGACGAGCUGUCGCCAGUAUCUCCCACUCAGGGAGGUUACCCCAGUGAGCCCACCCGAUCCAGGACCACACCAUUCAUGGGGAUCAUAGAUAAAACGGCCCGGACUCAACAGUACCCCCACCUUCACCAGCAGAAUCGGACCUGGGCCGUGUCAUCAGUGGAUACCGUACUCAGUCCCACAUCUCCGGGCAACCUGCCCCAGCCUGAGUCCUUCAGCCCACCAUCAUCCAUCAGCAACAUUGCCUUUUAUAACAAAACCAACAAUGCACAGAAUGGCCAUUUGCUGGAGGACGAUUACUACAGCCCCCAUGGGAUGCUGGCUAACGGGUCCCGUGGAGACCUCUUGGAAAGAGUCAGCCAAGCCGCCUCCUAUCCCGACGUGAAGGUAGCUCGGACCCUACCCGUGGCUCAGGCAUACCAGGACAACCUGUACAGGCAGUUGUCCCGGGACUCUCGACAAGGGCAGACAUCCCCUAUCAAACCAAAGAGACCGUUCGUGGAGUCUAAUGUUUAAAAGACAUUUGUUGGAGUGAGACCCAUAUGUUUUCACUGCACAUUUUCAGGCUUGGUUUCCACAUUGAGGUAGUUCUCUGGCUUAAUUUCUUACGUAAUUUAUGUGUGGUGUUCAGAGGUGGCAGCCCACAUGCUGAAAUCCUUUGCAUGCAGCCAACUGGGAAGCUGGCCUCCAGAAAGCCAGGACUUCAGUUUCUCUGGUCUGUGCCCCAGCCACACACACUCCCUCUUCAGAUGUCAACAAGGAGAUUUCUGUGCUGUGUGCUUUAACCCAGGGAGAUCAGAAAACACUGGUCAGCUUUUUCCAGGAGACAAUCGCUUUCACUGAUGUUCUUGUUGUAUAAAUGUCUUUUUUUCCUUUUUUAAAAAGUAAGAUGUUCUUGUUCAUUUUCUUCUAGGAACUUUAGGAAAGUGUGAUGCCCCUUUGCCUUUGCGUUCUUAUCCAGUGUUAUCCGAGUACCCAGCCCCAGUGCAUUCCUGUGCCGUGGUCUCCUCCCCCGACUGCCAGCUCCCUGCAGUCACCAGGUCUAGAAUGUUCAUUUGCAUUACUGCUGGUCUUCCUGUGGGGUAGAAGAGUCGAGGAAACAGAGGGAAGAAAUAAGUCUUUUAAAUUAGAAAAAAAAACCACAGUAUAAUUAUUUGGAGCAUCACUACACUGAUUUUCCAAGAGGCAUUUUAGGAACAUUUAGGAACCAGCCAGCCCUUGAAGUGUACCAGUCAGCCAAGGAAAUUCAAUGAGAACCAUGGCAUUUUCAAAGAAUUCACUGAGAAUUAUUCUUAGGUUUUUAACCAGCAAGUAACCACAAAAAGCUGCUGAUUUGCCAAGGGUAGAGAAGGGAAUAAAUGCAGAGAGAAAGAGAACAGGAAAAAGAUGGUUCUGGAUUCUCAGAAAAAUGCUAUGGAACAUCUCUUCUACUGUGUAGGUCCUGAAACAGCACUGAGCAUCAGACUCCACAGAAAGCAGCUAUCCCUGGGGGUUGUCUGGUAUAAUAAUCCUGUUGGUUGCUUUUCCACCGAGAGCCAUGUUCUGUUUCAUUGACCUUCUGUUUUCCAACCCACAUGGUGUUGAGAAGAAGUUGGUUCUUCAGAAAGCUGACUGGAUUUUCUUGGGACCAUAAGACUGACUCCCAGGGCUGCCACCCAAGGCCAUUGCAUUCCAUGCCAGUUGUCUAUUCCAUUGCAAGAUGUAUAGUGGUACGUUCACUACUACAGGAAUUACUUUCUUUUUCUAGGGGUGUUUGAAGAGGUGAUAUUGUAAUACCAGACACAGCAAAAUGUUUUGAGGUGGAGACCUUUCAGCGCUGUUUUCUAGCCCUGGGUGGGGGCAUGACACAGACACGUUUCCUCUCCAGUCAUUCUCUGCACAUCUUCUAGGUCUUUUGCUUGUUUGGUAACCUGACUUGUAAGUGACCGAGGCCACUAUGAAAUGGACAGCGAGAACACGGACACCAAGGCCUUAGCAUGGUCCUGUCGCUGGCUGCACAUCAGCCCUUAAAACUGAACAGCUCCACCCAACAAACUAAACAGCUGAAAUUAAGCAAAGGAGCACAACUCCCUGUUGUUAGGAGUAAUUCUGCUCUUGUUAGUAAAGAGCUACAGGAAGGGCACUUUCCUGAAUAAAGUCUAGUUGUUACCAGACUCAUUUGUAGAAGUACUCUCUGAAAGGAUCAUUGAGACAUGGAGAGCAUAAAACUGAGCUCAGCAACAUUUCUUUACUAAUUUAAAUUCUGCCGAGCAGAUGGAGCUCCUCAGUCCCAAGCCUAAAACAGUGUAACCCUCCUGCUCAUCUCUGUGCUGAGAGCAAACACCUGGGGCAGCACGGCCUUCGCCCAGCCGGACCAGGGCGGGCCUCCGCCUGCCUGCCUGGCUCUCUCACACCAGGAAGCGGAAGCGUGGGCUGGAGGCGUAGCUCCACAGCACAGUGCUCGCCUACCGUGUCCGGCUGCAGCGCUCCCAGCUAAGGCUGACCCCACAGCUUCACACUUCACACUUCGGCAUCACCUUUUGUUUCUUUUUUUAGCCUCUCAGCUAUCUUUUUGGCCAGGUCUCAGACCUGUUUGUGUCUUUGCAAUUUUGUCCCAUUUAAACCACCUCUCAGUGGAGAACUGCUACAUUUUGAAGAGUUCUCGGUCGAUUAGAAAAGAGCUCCCUGCCUAUUUGGACUGCCACACAUACCACUCAAACUCAUCUGUCGCGGCAGGUGGGUAACCCACGUGGUUUUACAAACCUUACAUCUCCCCCAAGAUUUCUCUUUCCGUUUUCCAGGACUAAUGAGAGAUUUAAGGACUACAUCCUACUGAGCAAAAUAUCCACAGGCAAAGUGCAGUUCUUUUUUAGCCAUAGAAGAGGGAGUGAAUAUCACUACUGGGGCCCGUUGCUUUUGUAGAAAUAAACAGGAAUUGGGGGGGGCAGGAGAUGAGUUCUUCCUUGGAAGCUGACUGUGCCCGUUUUUGCUACUUCACUGCCAUGGAUGGUCUCUGUACUGUACUUUAGAGAUGCUCCUUCCCCACGACAGACAUUUGCCGAAUCAGUGUCUGGCUUCAGGUGGGAGGGAGCUUUUCAAAUGAAGCUGGCUAAGUCCCACUUACCCAAUUGCCGUCCCUCUGACAUGGAGAUAGAGGUACCUUCGGCUUGCAGGUUUCUUACCAAGUCACGUUUCCUUGCCCAGAAUUCUUGCACUGAAGGGUUCCAUCACAUCAUGUCUAUAAAUGGUGCACUUUACUGUUUGAAUCUGUAACUCUGAUAAAUACUGGGUAUUUAAGUGUGAGUAGUGUCUUCCUUAGGAGUUAGCAGAAUCGCUCGUCUUUUAGUGUAUUUUUCAAGAAAAACAAGGAGAAGAAAGAAAUCAAGCAGUGAAUCACAGCAUUUAUAGCACAAGAAAUAGCUAAUUGUAUAUAAGCAUCAAAAAGAUGAAGAAUUUUUAAACAAAAAAAUCUUUGCAGUGAUUUUAAAGUGCUUUUCCAGCAAUUUUCUUAGGGACUCCUGAGACAUGAUUACUUUAUUUACUGGAUCAGUAAGGCACACAGUCAACAAUUAAAAAUAAAUGUUUAUUUACAAAGUAAAGGAAAACCCUGUGUAACAUGAGAAUUGGCACGGACAAAAUGGAGGCCAUUUUGUAUCUGCUGUUGUAGCUGUCUGGGUUGCAGGUGUGCCCUAUUAAAAGUCCCGAGUUAAUAGAGCACAAACCCUUCUUGUUCCUCUCCCACGUACCCUCUUUUUAGAUGUGUUUAAACUUAAACGCGAUGGCUCAGGAAAAUUCCACUAAUUAGAAUCAUGUACAGUACCCAGGUUGUCGUCCAGAUAUACAAGUUUGCUAAUUUUAGUUAAGCCUAGAUUAUUAAAUACUUUUCCUAAAUUAUUAUAAACACAGCAACCUAGAGAAAAGUGUUCUUGGUCCUUAUAUUGUAUAGUAGUUUAUGAACCCCUCUAAAUAUUGGUAUUUUUAUAUUCCAGAGAUGUGCCCAAUAGAAAAAUUAAAAGUUAAUCAGUAUCUAAUUUAAUAUCCAUAAGUAUUUUUCCUUAGAUUUUAGUCAUAAACAGUGGGCUAUGUGGAUGUCACGUGUGCUUCACCACGCUUUACCACUAGGUGUCACUGUGGCUCUGCACCGCGCUUGUCUGGUAGCAAGGAAAGGCAGCCUUCCCUCCAGAGGAGCUGCUUCCAGGGCAGCAAGCAGGCCACAUGCUGAGGUUUAGGAAGAAGGGAAAGGCCUGGAAGGGCCUUCAUGCAUCCAUGCCAGUUGUAGCAAGACACUACACACUACCUGCUUUGGAACUUCAGCCAGGCAUAGGCUGGAGGAAGGGUGGAUAGCACGCCCUUGUUCUGACGGAUGGCUGGGUGUGGGGAGGACCCUUUCUCCCCCGUGAACAUCCCUCCUUUCAGCCUCCAACUUUUGUAACUCCAGAAAUAUCACAGCUGGGUGGUUUGAAUCAAAGAUAGUUAUUUUUCUACUGCAGAAAUGCCUUGGACAAAACCAGUUGCUCACUGAAUCUUUGCCACAAAAUGGAGCAGGCGCUCCCGGGGGGCAAGAUGUGCCUGCCCGCGCCCCGUUUCCUGUCAGUGCUCAGCAGCUUCGCUCACCCUCCUGUCCGUCCUUGGGCUGUCUACUUCUCAAGAAGCCGACCUGCAAAGGCAACCUGCUGCUGCCUCCGCACCGAGGGCCACGCCUCCCUGGGAGGUGUGGCUCCUCUUCUUCCUCUAGGAAUUCCAGAUUGACCAUCUUCCAUAGCAACAAUGAACAAAGGGCUUAGGGGUAAGAGCUACCUACAAAGACGUGUCAUGGAAACCUUCACCAUGCAAUGCCUUGAACUCAGCUCUGGCUGCUCCCAAGAAAAGGUGGCUGGCUGGGGGCCUGGACAAAAGCACAAUGGGGCUGGUGGAGCCACUGUGCAGAGCUACUUGAAUAAUCACUGGGUCUUCAUCAACUCCUUCUGUAACACAGACCACUCAAGGGCUGAAGUGUUGGUAACCUUCAUUUCGGUGUCCAGUGCCUCACAGCAGCUGAGCCGCCCUGAGAUGCUCAUGGCCACGCGAUGGCCACGGUCAGAGCUCUGAAAGUCAGUACCAAAUGAAUGCGUAAUUGGACACCAAAAAUCAAGCGUUACUUUCAUGUUUCCUCACCCUGUCAUCUCAUUUCUUCCUGCUGACUCUGUGAUACCUACACUAAACUGACCAGUCAGGUUGUAGCUGGAUGCAUGGAGAUGCAGGCCAGCAUUGCUCAUUUUUCAGAUAGACCUAUUCUGUGGAAAGGAAGUGGCUUAGCUGCUUUGAUUUUGUAGCACUUGGUGGCUGAAUUUUCUUUUGCUAAUCACUAACCAGAAAAUCUGGCUAGAAGGUCUCAACUCACGCCCAUCAGUCCCCAGGACUAGACAGAGAGUUAUUCUGGAAAAUUCAGUACUUGAAUGUACCUGCCUUACUGUGUACCACUUUAGGGGGUGGGGGUAGAGAGGCCGGCCCAGAUCUCCACUUCAUUCAUGGGUUGUUUUGGAAACCCUGUACGUUCAGUUCUUGUUCCUGUUCUGUUUUAUUGCCGUUGCUGUUGUUGCUUUUGGUUUUGGUUUUGUUUUACCUAUGGCUGAUUCCUGCUGAGUGGGGCCAGUUCCUUGUCAGGCUCAGGGCAGGUGCCAUUCUCAGGCAUGGCCUCCUUUCCAUCUAGCACAGCAUCUGUGUCUCUGUUCUGUCUCCUCCAAAUCCAAGAUGAUUUUAAUUAGUACAGACAUGUACAGUCUACAAUUAAAGAGUGAUUUGUACUAAUAUGAUUUUGAUUCUUCCUCUUUGCUGUCCUUUCAAGACACUUGCUGGAAAAAGCUUUAAUGCACUUAGUUUUCCUUUAGGUUUUCUAUAACUCAGAUGUAAAGGACUUUCUCUGUACAGUAUAUUAUCCAAUGCAUGUUUGUUCUCUAUCCUGAUAUACUGAACACCACACAGUCGUGAACUCGUGCAGUGGGGAUGCCCCACACCCCGCGGAGGCCUCCAGCCCCGUGUGUAAGGAAGACAUUUUCCUUUGCUGUACUUGCUUGAGCAGUUUUAUUGUCUGUACAUGUGAGCUGUGUGAGAUAGAUGUGAAAAGUUCAAAUGAAUGCAUUUUCCUGCCCCAUGUAUACAGAGCGUCAUCUGUACAAUGAAUUGUAUGUACGAAAGCAAAUGUACUUAUUUAUAAAUGGUUAACACUUGGAAA